UAGCUUCAUAUUAUACCAGGGACCUGACAGACAUACACAAAUAUUUUUCAGGCGUGCAUAACACAAAAAUAUUUAUAAAACAUAUAAACGAAAUGUGUGACGAGCACGCAUGGCCUGCCGUCGCAGCCAUCACCAUGGUGAAGACGUUCCAGGCCUAUCUUCCACAAUGCCAUCGCACCUACUCGUGCAUCCACUGCCGGGCACACCUAGCCAACCACGACGAGCUUAUCUCAAAGUCAUUCCAAGGCAGCCAGGGUCGAGCGUAUCUCUUCAAUUCUGUGGUUAACGUGGGCUGCGGACCGGCCGAGGAGCGCGUCCUGUUGACCGGACUCCACGCCGUCGCCGACAUCUACUGCGAGUGCUGCAAAACCACCCUCGGCUGGAAAUACGAACACGCGUUCGAGUCCAGCCAGAAAUACAAGGAGGGAAAGUUCAUCAUAGAGUUAGCUCACAUGAUCAAAGAGAAUGGAUGGGACUGACAUUUCUGCAGCACCUGGUCACAACCACCGAAAUGGCAUUCACAUUGUCUAAAGCCGUGUCCGACUUCUGCCUGGCCGGCAAACUUCUAAUGUUAAGUAUAAAUUUCUACUUCAUGGACUGGACCUAGUUGAAAUCGUCCGAAGUGCUCUCAGCUCAUCCGAGGACAACAGCAACACAAAAAAAUAAUCAACAACAAAAGAGAAAACGAUAACAAACAACAACAACAAAUUGGACAUGGAUGUUAAUUUUCUAUUUGUGUUCUUCCCCUCUAAAAAGAAAAAUCAGGAUUCUUUGUUUCGUUCGAAUCUAAAAAAAAACACUGUUUUGUUGCCUGUGUGUGUGUUAUAUUUCAAUAUCUCUACUCGCAAAAUCGUUUCGGGAGCAAAGAAUUUUCACCAACAACAAAAUCAAACGUGUGUUUCUGUGGCGCGAAUUAGAUGUUUAACAUGACCCGAGUCUCGUAAAAAUGGUGCUUUAUACAUACAUCUAUACAUAUAUUUUCGAUUUGUUUUAAACUCAUAUCAGUGUCUAAUCGAUGGAUAAAAAAAUUACACUAAGAACGUGCAGCUUGAGCACUUGAGCUUUGAUUGGGAUGUACAAGAAUUACAAAACGAAACAAACAAAACUUGAAAACAAAGCAAACAUAUUUUUUGAAAAAAAAAAACAAACUGUUGGAAAAAGAAAAGGAUUGAACGUUUCAUUUAUUCUUUCGUGCCCUUCGUUUCGUUUUCUUCUCUACUAAAUUGGAGUGCUGCAUCAACAAAAAAAAAAACAAACAAACAAACAAAAAAAAAUAGAAAGAAAACGGUGUGGAUAAGAAAUAAAAAUAAGUCUGUGUUACAUAAACUAUAACUAACUGUGGUAUGAAUCUGUGGUAAAAAACAAAAAAAAAUAAUUAAAAUAGAAUUACACUCUCGCACACGAGUAACAAAAAUUAAUGGUGUCAAUCUUCUGUUCUGUUUCUCCAAAAAAACAAAGAAAGAAAGCAAAAAUUUAAUCUAUAUAUAUAUUCUAUAUUUACAUUAACGGAGGUGAGAAAUACGCGUGUUUUCUGAUAGAUCUUAUUUCAGUUUCAUUAAAUGUUUUUUUUUUUCAACUUGAUUUCCGACACUGGGUAAAAUAUAUACACAUAUAAUAAAGAUAUAUAAAAUAUGAAUAUUGUAAGUGAGCAAAUUCUUUGUUACUUAAACAGAAACUACUAUUUACUAAGUUUAGUUCUUAAUGAUGUGAUUUUUUGUGAUAUAUGUUUUUGAAUGCGAGUCGUGGAAAUGGAAAAGCGGCGGUUUUAUUUCGAUUUACCUGGUUUACAUUUUAAUUUGGAUACAAUAUCUACAUUACACUCCUCUUCUGGUAUUGUGUGUGUGUAUGUGUGUGUGUGUUAAUUUUCGCGAUUUUCACGAGGCAAAAUGCAAACUAAAACAAACAAAAUUUUUUUUUUUU